UCCGUUCUAGAAUGGUUCACACUUGUAGUGUCCUGGUUACCGCAGGUGCGUAGUGUUGUAGUGCUCCUGAAACAUUCUUCAACUUUCAAAGAAAACGUCAUCGACAUGGAAGCACACGAGUCAGAAGACGACACGGAAGACUUUCUGUCUCAGUUCCAAUUACCGCCCUCUAGUAUCAAGCUAGACUGGGCCACCCUCCUCCCCCCGGGUGGAUGGAAGUGUCCCUCUGAUCAACAUGGCGACAGCAAUGACAUUGAAGACGAGUGGGAUUGGUCAGACUUGAAACUUAGCUGUGGCCGUGGCCGUGACCGCUACGACCUCCACUCAAGUUCCAUGGCCUCUAGUGAUGAAGGUAAAGCAACGGAACACAUGCCGGACAAAGUUUUACUGAGGGAGCUUGGAUACUCGGACAGCGAAGAUGACGACCCCGAAUGGACAAACCGGUAUCUUGCGCCACCUUCUGAGCCUGCGUAUACUGCAGCCGCACAGCCGGUGGAGCUGAACCGACUCUACCUGUCCGCUCCACCCUCUGAAAGGCUGCGCAAGCUUGUGAAUAACCAAAUGGCACGUUUCAAACAUAGCGGCUCCUCUGAAUAUGGCAGCGUUUUGGACAACAUCACGCCUUCGAGCAAAGAACUGUCAAGAGAAAAAAUUUCCUCGCCCUCUCUACUCCGCGGCAGGCCCUCCUCCGAGCCUAUCCGAAAAACCUGCUCACACCCACCCGCCAACUUUGUCAUCUCCCCCUCCUGCCCGUACUUUGGGCUGGUCCCGUCUCACGUGGAGAUGGAACUAGAGAGGCGACAGGCCAGACGAGCUCAGAGAGAGCCGAGGAUCGACCAGGAUUUUAUGGACGAGCUACACGACAUGUGGGAGGAGAGAAGGAAAACUCGACUGAUGGUGGAGGAAUUCAUCCAUGACGUUAUAAAUAGCGCUACACAGCGAUUAGAAGCAGAACUACAGGGCGUGAUUCAGCCACAGAAGGUUUCAGGGGAAGCCUUAACAACAAGCACCAGAGUAGCUGACAAAAAUAACACACGACAGGCAGGUUCGGAUAGCUCAGAGAAUAUCAACGUUGUGGGCAUAUCACAAGCACAAACGUCGACUGUGGUUAGCUCGAAAGUAGCCGCCAUGCGACAAUUGUUGGAACAGCAGAUUGACAAAAACCCCUUGCUGAGUGGACCAUCUACCACCAGACGUGUUGUUGCAAUAUCGUUCUCCGAUAUUGUUAACAAGGAUGAUGCUAACACGGCUGUAAAGCAAGCAAGUGAGAAAAAAGGCUCGAAAACGGUGUCACCCAGAAUCAUGAAAGUUAUGGACCAACUGUCUGCUGAGACAUCGAAGAAAACAGAAGUCCCGCCUUCAGGAGACACUGACACGAUGAAAGGAGCUUUCAGAAACCUACGUAAAAAUGUGUUCGAAAGACCCACACCCGAGGUGAAGGUACAACAGACGGAAUCAGACGACAGGCGCACUGAAAAGAUCCCAGAAGACUUGUCGGUGGCCGACAUCAGGAAACAACUGGAGGCAAAGAUGGCGGAAGAGGGAGACAAAGCAUUAUCCUGCAAAAAAGCACCAGUGUCACCUCGCCAUCAUGAAGAGAAAAAAUAUGCGGGGGAUUCGACCGAACCUUUCCCAGAAAGGAAAACCUACCUAAACAAGAAGCAUGAACACGAUAUCUUGGAGGCCAAAGAUGCAAACAGCAGUCAAAGCUCGUCCAAGACCUACCAUGAGGGUUUUCAGUCGACGCCACUGUCUAAAUCCAGCCGAUCAUUACCCGAUACCCGAAGCUUGACAGAAAAAGCACUCUCGUCACCACACCCAGCUAUUUCUGUACCCAACACAUGCGGUGAUGAUGGUUCAGUACGUAAGACGAUCCUCAAGCUUGAGCAAGACGCAGGCAAGAAGACCGACAAAAAAGAAGACGUAGUCAUUCCGCGCAGACAAGCAUCUGAGACGUCUGAGAUGCUCCUGAAGCUCCAAACGAUAGACAAGUCCAAGAAGGAUGUCCUCAGGAAGAGGAGGCUAAAUGUACAGGCACCAGAGGGGCUUGUUCGUGGCACGGUGGACAGCCUUGAGAAGCUGCACCAUCAGGGGGACCAGGGCGGCGGCAGGGGAGGUGGGAGUGCUGCUCAGAGGUCCUUGGAUCGUGCAGGCAACACAAUGCAGAUGUUAUCCUAUUCCAGAAACAUGGUGCGACUCAAUGUAUUUCAGUGGUUGCUUGAGACGAUUUACGGCUUGGGCAUGAAAAUAGUCGCCUUUGUUCACAACGUUUUGCCUUGAUUCAAGACGGCUGUUUCACUACUUAUGACGAAUACAUUCAACAGCAUAA